GGCAGCGGACAGAGCCAGAUGCGGUCGGGGUCAGCCGCUCCUUGAACUCCCCUCCCACGGCGUUCCGAUCGGGCCUUGGCCCUUCCACGCGCGCUGGCGCCCGCCCAGGUCUCGCCGCUUGCCCGCUUCGCUGGUGACUGAUGGCAAUGCCCAACAUCUGCUGCAGUUUGAGCAAGCAACACAAAUGGAAGAUAGCAGCCUGUGUGAUGAUGUUCUCCGUGCUUCUUGUAGCUUUUGAUUCUCCGUUCAGGACUUUGAUCAGCAAGUACCUCAGCUCCAUUGUACCAUCCUCAGGCUCAUCACAUGACACUACAUUAACUCAAGAGUAAGGAAUCGGAAUUUAUCCUCGGAGCGUGCCACUAACCUGAGUAACAGCAAGCCAGGGCAACAAAUCGAACAUGGCACACAUAACAUGAACACCAGUUCAACAAAUGCAACUUCCAGUUGGAGCAUUGUGAAAGAGGAGUUUACAUUUCCAGCGGCUGGUCGUUCUUUCAACAACUGUCAUGCUUCCACAAUUGUAGAGAUUGAGAAAGACAAUUUUUUGGUCUCAUAUUUUGGUGGAUCCAUAGAGGGUGCUCCUGAUGUCAAAAUCUGGACACAAAGAUACAGUGAUGGCUACUGGCAUCCUCCAGUAGUAGCUGAUGAAGAAAAUGCGACAGCAAUGUGGAAUCCUGUUUUAUUUCAGCUCCCCUCUCGUGAGUUGCUUCUCUUCUACAAGAUAGGUGAACAUCCCCAGAAUUGGAGUGGUGCCAUGAAAAGAUCGCUCAAUGGUGGCAUGUCCUGGUCGGAGAGAGAGCAGUUACCACCUGGUAUUCUUGGCCCUAUAAAGAACAAGCCCUUUUUGCUUGAUGACGGGCGCUUACUAUGUGGGUCAUCUGUUGAAAGCUGGAACUCUUGGGGUGCAUGGCUUGAGGUCACAGAUGAUGCUGGCUGGACAUGGAGGAAAUAUGGUCCUAUAUUUGUCGAAAGUGAGAAACUUGGGGUGAUUCAACCUGUCCCCUACCAGACCACCAAUGGGACUAUACGUAUGCUGCUGAGGUCUUAUCAAACCAUCGGUCGGGUAUGCAUUGCUGAUUCCAGUGAUGGAGGUUUAACAUGGGGUUAUGCGCGCAAGACUGAGCUGCCAAACCCCAAUUCUGGAAUUGAUGGAAUCAAGAUGAAGGAUGGAAGAGUUGCGCUUGCAUAUAACACCGAGUCCAGAGGUAUCCUCAAAGUCGCAGUCUCCUUGGACGACGGCAUCUCAUGGGGCGAGGUGUUGACGCUGGAGAACACCGAAGGCGUGGAGUUCUCGUACCCUGCCGUGAUCCAGACCAUGGACGAGCUCGUGCACGUCACCUACACGUACAACCGGACACAGAUCAAGCAUGUGGUUCUUCGGCCCAGUUGAGUUGUGGGAGUCUUGAGUUUGCGGCUGGACAGAACCGAUGGAGGUUUUAAGUGUACUGUAGUGCCGUGAAGGCUCUGCUGUUACUCCUCUGAAUUUGUGUCUGCUCAUGUAGGAGGGAGAUUCUCACUUGUAAAGCAACAUGCUUGACAGUUUUUUUUAUGUUCUUGUUAACGACGAUUUGAUGUGAAAGUGAAACUACUGCGUCAGAGUGAAGAUACAAGUAUACAACUAGUUUUGUUCA